GGAGCCGUCGCUCGGCCGCAGCAGCACGCGUCUCGGAGCUAAACAGGCUGAGCGAGCAGCCGUCUACGACGGUCCCAAAGAGCGGUAGCCACGUGAUUUCCGACGUCGUCGCGCGUCGCGCCUCGCCGCCGACACGGACGCCGCGAUUACGGCAACAUCCGUUUAGCCACGACGAGGCAGCUAGAGUCACAGCCCUCUGUUCGACGGGUUUGGAGCGCCGUAACCAACGCAAAAACUAACCGUCAGACAAGCGGCAAGAAACUCGAGCAGGGUGCUGUGCGAUUGGGCCGAGCGGGGGCGUCUGCUUCCGAAGCGUCGUCCUGUUGUGUUUCGACGCUUCCUUUUCAGUUGUUUUAUUUUUCUACCCACCGUGCGAACGGUGUGAACCUGGGCACUCUUCGGGCUCGGUGUGCAGCGGCAUUCUGCCGCGAUGGCGCGGUCUCCGUGAAGUGUCUCCCUGCUUCUUCGAGUGUUUUGUGUGUGUGCGUGCGCGAUCUGGUGGUCGUCCCGCGGUAGCAGCGACCGACCGUGACAUCUACCCUCUUGCCGGCGACAUCGACGGAGAGUGAGCGCAUUCCACGCCAGGGAUGGCCCGCAAUUUAGAACCCUUCUACAGCCGGUUAUGACCUUCGUGAACGGUGCAAAGCACUCCGCCGUUCGUCGAACCAGCUCAACGAUGGCACAUCGUACGGCGAGGUCGAGAUUGUCGUCGGUGUUGCUCCUUCGGGCCGUGGCGUUGUUAGCAUGCGCUUACACGGGAAGCACUGCUGACAUCAGAGACUUCCGGGCCCCUGGGGGUCCCGUGCAAAACGUGAUAUACUUUACGUCGCCCGGGAAAGGCCACGCAGUGAUCGUCGGCGGACGAAACGCUCUUUACAAGCUCUCCGCGGACAAUUUCUCGCUCGAGGCUACUUACAGCACGGGUCCCGAAAGCGACAGCCCGCAGUGCCGUCCGGAUCCCUUGGAGUGCAACCACAGCAGGACCGACACGGACAACGACAACCGAAUCCUGCUCCAGUUGGGCACCAAUGCGUUGGUGAUGGCCUGCGGGAGCACGUCGCAGGGCAUCUGCGCGUUCCAUAAACCGCUGAGCGACUUGAACAUCAGCCGGACGAUGGACAAGAAACUGGUGGUCAACUACGUCGCUUCGAGAGACAGCACCGCCGCCUUCUUCGGUGGCCCCCGAAACGGGGCGGUGUUGUUCGUCGGGUCCAGAUACGACGACAGGCCCCUGGAGUACCACCCGUACGCCGUGUCCGCCAGGGUACUGGGAUCAUCCAACUCGUUCAAACUCCGCGCGCUCAAGCGCAACGCGGUGUCGUUCGUGAACGUCAUCGAGCGCCUGAAGAAGUCGUACCGCAUCAGCUACGUGUACGGUUUCAGCCACAACGGAUUCGCCUACUUCGUGACCGUGCAGAACAAGGGCGCCUCCCUGGAGGCCUUCGAGACGCGGUUGGUGCGUGUGUGCGAGAGCGACGAGACCUUCCUCACUUACAUGGAGAUGCCUAUCGAGUGCCCCAAGGACGCCGGUCUGCGGUACACCAUCGCCACCAGCGCGUCGCUGGGGCCCUCGGGCAUGUCGAACACGGGCGACGAGACCAAGGUGCUCGCCGUGGCCUUCGGCAGUCCCUUCGGCGGCCGCAUGGACGUCAACGACCCGAGCCAGGGCUCGGCGCUGUGCUUCUUCGACAUGGGGCGCGUCGAAGACGCGUUCCGCGAAACCAUCGAGAACUGCAACGAGGGCAAGGUCAAGGCCAAGCUGUCGCGCCUUUUCCACAACGACCAGUCGGAGCUGAAGUGCACGCGUUACGAGCCAAGCGAUGACUUCCUGUGCUCUCCCGGUGUGAACAACUACAUCGAAGGCAUGCUUCCGCUCGUCGGCAGAGCGGCCAUCGUCUUGGACAAAAGACUGGCGACAGCCGUCACCGUUAUGCAGCAGAACAGCACCACUGUCAUAUGGGUGGGCGACCACCUGGGAUUCCUAUACAAGUACAUGUUGAAGGGAGAGUCGUCGAAGCUGCUCUUCUCGAUGGACCUCUCGAACGGCGAAGGUACCGCCGUAGGGAAGAGCACGGCUGUGGACAGCAAUGGAAUGUACGGUUACUUCCUGGUGGGCGACAGGGUGGUGCGCUUCCCCGUCGGUUCCUGCAGCAUGUACGAGAAGUGCUCCCAGUGCAUGCGGAACCACCAGGACCCGCUGCGCUGCGGCUGGUGCGGAGACCAGUGCGCCCACUACGGCGAGUGCCGGCAGGGCGAGACGUUCGACGCCAGCCACUGCCCCAUACAGCUGGACAGCGUCUCUCCAACCAAGGGUCCCACGACAGGCGGCACCCUGCUCACGUUCCAGGGCGACAACUUUGGUGACCCUCAGCACAAGCCUUCGAGCAGCAUCGAGAUCACCGUGGGCAACCACGCGUGCGACCUUGUCCACUGGAAUUUCACUCUUGUGCAGUGCAAAACUCCACCAGGUCAGUAUGGCUCCAAAGUGGAUAUUAUGAUAUCCGUAAAUGACUCGCAUUGGGAUGACAUGAAGAAGUACGACGUCCAGGACCAGCGCACAAUUGAUAACGGCUUCGAAUAUGAGGUGGCAACGUUCACAGGCUUGCUACCAACUUAUGGGCCAGUUGCUGGAGGAACCAACAUCACCGUGUACGGAGCCAACCUCAACAUCGGAUCGCAGCAGUCCGUGAUGAUUGGCGAGAACCCGUGCAGGAUAAACAGGAUCGAAAGAACGUUGCUGCAAUGCACAACGAGCGCUGUGUCUCCGGAAAGUGUGCACAAAGAUAUGCAAGUCACUCUGGCCAUCGACGACGUCGAAGUUCCCUUCGUUCCGGCGGACAACCUCAGUUCGGUGUUCACCUACAGGCCAGAUCCCGAGAUCAAUGACAUCUCGCCCAAGACGGCCACGUUCAAUGGGAACUCUACUGUUGUGGUGAGGGGUGCUCACCUGGAUAGUGUCGCCGUGCCCACGAUGGUGACGCGGGUGACUUCUCUCGACCACAAGAGGCAGGAGUACAUAAGAAAGGUCUGUCGUGCAGAGACCAGCGGCACGAGGAUGCUUUGUCCCGUGGCGUCGCUGAAGGAGUCCACCGUGAUCAGCGCCUGGCAGCUGGAAGAGCACCUGCUUCCAAUUCUGGUGCAAGUGAAAUUCGAGAUGGACGGUCUGCACCUGCCAAAUCGAACAGACGCCUCGGAAGGGCACUUCAACUUCGUCUACAGGCCGUCGCCACGUUUCGACCGCUUUCCCGAAGAAGGAUUCGGCAUCAACCCCGACAAGCCCACUGUCCAGAUCACAGGGAACCACUUCGAAGUUCUUAUGGAUAACGAUCAGGUGUCCGUGCGAGUUGAUGGCGUCGAUAAUGCGUGUAAUGUCACGACAGUCAGCUCCGGUGUCAUCGUGUGCAUACUAAGGCCUGAUACACUCGACGAGAACAUGCCUCACUCCCUCGAUAUCGUGUACGCGGGUCGGAGCUAUCCGGUGGGCGCCGUCAAGCUGGUGUCGGAACAGUCCGGCGUCAACUCGGGCGUCAUCGCGGGUGUCGUCGUCGCGGUGUUUCUUAUCGUGCUCGUCGGUGUGGGGGUGUUCUUCUACCGGCGACGCGACGCCAAGAAGGCACAGCAGCCGGGCUACUUCGUCGACUUCGACAACCGCCACGUUGAGAACGGCGCGAGAGGAGUCGGAGCGAACAGCGACGGCGCCCCUACGAGUCUGCCACAAAUUCAGGGCUACGUGCAAGGCAGUGAAGCCGACGCUCGACAGGCCCUCAUAAGCUCCACCUUCCAGAUCGACGAGGAGACGAAACUCAUGCUCGAAUCGGAAAAGCUGCUCUUCAAGAGAGAACACCUCAUCUUGGGCCCGGUCAUUGGCCAAGGUCACUUUGGUUGUGUCUACCGGGGUACCUUGGAGCUGGAAGGCAAGGGUGAGGUUCAGCAGGUCGCCGUCAAAACUCUUCACAACACAGAUUCACGCGGGGUCGAGGCUGACGGCCAGGCUUUCCUCGAGGAGGCACUCAUCAUGAAGGACUUCCACCACAUGAACGUGCUGCCACUCAUUGGAUUGAGCAUUGAUGAAUCAGGCGGCUUGAUGGUCAUCAUACCGUACAUGAAGUACGGCGACCUGCUAUCCUACAUUCGAGACGAGAGAAACAACCCAACUGUGAAAGACUUGAUCACGUUUGGUAUCCACGUGGCUGAAGGCAUGAAGUAUUUGGCUGAUACAAAGUUCGUGCACAGAGACCUGGCGGCUCGCAACUGCAUGCUUAGCGAGGAUUUCAUUGUGCGUGUGGCCGACUUUGGCCUAUCACGCGACGUCUACGAGAAGGACUACUACAGUGGUGACAACAAGAAGACGAAGCUUCCCGUGAAAUGGAUGGCACCAGAAAGUUUGGAGAAGGGCAUCUACAACCACAAGACGGACGUGUGGUCGUAUGGUGUGCUCUUGUGGGAGCUUAUGACACGUGGUGUGACGCCGUAUCCAGAAGUGGACAACUGGGAUAUCGUCAAUUUCCUGAAGCAAGGACGGCGGAUGCAACAGCCGAGCUACUGCCCUGAUGAACUGUACGAGAUCAUGUUGCAGUGCUGGCAGGACGACUCCAAGCGACGGCCUUCGUUCGCACAGCUCGUGACGGACGUCUCAAACGUGAUCGUAAGCCUCGAGAAGAAAAAGCGAAACAGGAGAGUCAGCCUGAACGUGACGUACGUCAACUGUCCAAACCCCGGUGCUGACGACGGCGCUGGGCCCUCAACGGAGGAUUGGCAAGCUGAGGGCACAUCGUAGGCAGAAUGGCACUGCGGCCUCUGCGCUUUGCCGCAAGGAUGCAUAUCAGUUCCUAGGAGAGCCAAUGCGCUGUUGGUGACAGCGCCACUGCCAACGAAGCCGCGAGAACUGAUUGCAGGGCUCGCCACCGUUCACGAUCUCUCCAGACUGCCGAUGCUCAAAUACGUGCGGAUGAUGGAACGCACGUCGCUGCUUGGAUCGAUCAAGUGCCAUUCGUGUGCCUGCACCACAGCAGCUGGUACCUAUGUUCGAAAGCUUAGACACAUCGCAAGUCGUUCAAAGAGCAAGUCGUACGAUUUUCGGGGGAACUGUGGUGUGCUGCAAAGAUGCAAAACGCAGUUCACUGUAGCGUGGAGAAUGCGUGUCUCGGAACCGCUGGUCUCUUUCCAUGGCGCGCAGUCACUUUGUUGCACAGACUGUACCUGCACCAUCAGUGCGAAUGAUGCUGUGUGUAGAUAUCAUCGUGUGGCUGUACAUUUUGAGCCCAUCAUGACCUAUCAGCUCCUGUGACUGUUUGUGAUACGAAAGAAACAUUGAACUCUCAGACCAUGAGCGUCCACCAUGCAUCGGAACAUUCCAGUAUAUUUCUUUUCGUGCUAUACAGGGCUGUAUCACUACUUAACACGCCGCCACCGAAAAGAACUAUUUUUGCUGCUUCUUCAUAUCGAAAAGGAAGAGAGAGACUCGACGACGUGAAUUUGAGAGUGUACUUCGCGGAUACGAUUGUAGUGCCAACGCUGUAUGAGGUGCUUGUCUCAGAUGUAACAGAGUGAUGGCUAAAAUGGCCAGAAAGCACAUGAACAAAAGAGAAGUGGACACCCAUCUGCGAGUUUCACCUUCGAGUAAACAGCCUCCUCUGUUUCUCUGACGUUGGUUGACGCCAUAUACUAGCGCAGGAUCAAGUGGAAGGAUUCGUAAAUUCAAGAUAUCAUGACUGCAGUCAUCGAGCUGUUGUUCUAGUGCUCGCACGCGCUAUCAGGGCAGAAGGAAACGCUCAACCGCGCAUGUGAGGACCGUGACCUGACCCCUCACUCUCGCCUGGCAGCGAAAACUGUGGACCAUUGCCAAGAAAUGAGGUCGCUUGACCAGAGCCGUGAAAUUACCUCGUCGUGAGCACUUCUGGACGAAUGGACCAUGUGCUGUGCGAUGAGGGACUCCGGCAAUCUGCAGCGCAUGGCCUGGGACAGGCGCAGUUUAUCGCAUCGUGCUGAUAUUCAUUUUGUGUCAUUUGUGUUCCCGUGUGACGCUCAAGCACCAUUGUGACAAUUCUUUGCAUGUUGGCAAGUGAGACGCGUUUGGUAAAACACUAUUGCCUUGUGUCAGUGUGGUGGGAACCGACAAUGAACUUGUUUGAAAUGUUUCCAGCAAGUUGGAUUUCUAGCAAAAUACUGCCCUAUUCCCCCCCCCCCCCCCCUCUAUUCGUACACAAAUGCAUGCCACUAGGAAGGCGUUUGUUGGGAGACGCUAACGUUCGCAAAUUGGGCGUCAUGUAUACUGCUUGUUAACUGUUGUCGGCGGCAUAUUAUUAUUGCUUCAGUGUUUCAAGCUGCUACAAACGUCAAAAUUAGUACUUUAGAGGAACUAGAAAUUUAAAUAUUUUUUGGCAUGAUACUUCAUGGCUUUUACAUUGCGAAAAGAUGCCACAUUGCCAAAAGGUUGGAAACAGCUAUUUCACGUUCAUUUAGUGUGCCGCUACCUUUUAAAAGUAUUAAGGAAAAUGAAAUUGCAACGCUUGUUUCACAAAUGAAACCUUUUUUGCAAGGAUUGUGAAUGCAUGAUAAAGAAUUUUUGAAGUGAGACAGUAUGUAAAGUAUCACCUCAGUCGCUCUUUCGCUCAUGUUGGCUGUAGAAGGCUAGUCACAAUUCCGAAGAAACAAAGAACGCAGCAUGUAGAAAUUGUGAAUGUGUGUUUGAUGAAUGAAACAUUCCCGACAUAAUCAUCUGCCUCAUGCUUAUGAGUGCAAUGAAUGCCACCUUUCUUUCACCCACGCAACUUUUUCUUACGUGCAUGUAUAUAUGACGCUUACAAUGGCAACCGUGUUCUGAUUUUGUUUCGUGACCUCCUUUAUUGUUGCUAUGUGAGCGCUAGCUUGUUUCCCUUUCGCCGCACUACAAUGCCGAUAGUGCAUUGCGUAAACUUAACCUAUCACAUCGAAUAAUUACAGCUACUUCUCUGCAGUAAUAAGUAGUCGCCUGUUGCCCACUCUAAUUGUUGGAACGCAUGGCUGUCAGCUGCGAGGCUUGCUGUUUGUUUACUCCCCGCAAGCUAAAUUUAUUUACUGACGCCGAAGCAAUUACUGAUGUUGUGUUUGGUUCGAGACAGUAGAACGAAUGCUCCUGGUUCUCUGUGCAAUAUUGCACAUGCAGUUCACCGAAAUCUCACCCACGAAAGCUAUGAAAAGAAAGAAAAAAAAAGCUACAGCGUAGAGGUUACCUGCAUUUUUUCACCGAACUUUCGUUAUGUUCUAGCCUUGUGCAAGAUUGGGUUCUCGAAGAAUAAGAAGGGCGUGAACACGCAUAUGCUUACCACGACAUGCAAAAAGACAUAUGCGAUAUACACCUCCAGGGCUGUCGAUCUUGUCGAGUGUUGCCGAGUGCACAUUGCUUACUGGCAUUGCGAAAUAUUCAAGGCCUUUUCUUUCUCAAGCUGUUCUGGCGGCUUAGAAUUAUGCUGACCGUUUUAUUAACUAUGGUAUCUGACCGUGUAGACGUUAAAAGUCCAACUCCGAGGUAAGCACGGGCUGGCACUUUGAAAACUUUUCACUGCCUAACUUCUCGCACCUAUUUAAUACCGAAGGCAAGUAAGCCUACCACCUUGCACGCGCUCAAGUCGGAUGCUUUGCUUUGUAGCCAAAUAAAGACAAGAAAUUUGUAAGCCGCAAAGAACAAACGGAGUUUCGUUGCGUCAGGGAUUAUAUGGUCACGUGCCCACACUUUAUAGAUUGCGAUCGCGAUAAUAUGUGGAAUUUUUUUUCUGCAGCUGUAUAAUGAAGGCAAAGUACAGAAGACUGUUGAGUUGAUGUUGUCUUAAACUAGUGGCUAAGUUCACUCUUCUUAUCGGCCAAGUGUGGGUGUUUAUCACAUCUAUAGAGUCAUGAUGAGACCAUGAGAAAUACGCUUCAUCAUUACUACCUCGCAGAAGUAGCAUCUUCUAAAAGUGGUAUGUUACACAACAUUGUGCUCGCAUUCUGGCUUUUAUUUAAAAUAUAGUGCUUUCAAUGUGUUCCUUUUGAAUCAUUUUGAGAAAUAACAUACAGCAGUAUUUGAGCUCUUCACUCUUCGUAUUUCCAUUGUACAUAGUGAAAUAAAGUCGGAACUCACGUUUUUCUAUCUGUUUGUCUAAAUAAAAACGUGCCUGAUA